GGGCACAGCUCGAGCUCGAGCUCGAGGUCCAGGAGCUCUGGAGUUGAAGGCGUGAGUGAAAGUCUACUUCCUGGACGGUGGUCGACCACCGUCCUCCUCAGGGGCUGGAGCUGCUGCCUGUGGUAUAAGAAGCAGCUUCGUUCAGGGUCGUUCCACAAGAGCUCUGAGCCCCACCGUGACCUGCGUUCUGCUCCGAGAUGCCGAGACUGCUAUAAUAUUGCAUCAGUGCUCGAGCAGCAUCCGGUUCGGACCCGACUACAACUGCGGCUCGCUGGCUGGCAGGAAUUCGACUUGAAAUACGCUUCCUCGCGUUCACAUCACAUCAGAAAAAAUGAAGUCCAGUCCGAUGUUAGUGCUGGGACUCGUGUUCGCCCUCGCGUUGGUCUCAAGGUCAUCAGCACAGUUGGUGGAUUUCGACUACUACUACUUCGUCGUCCAAUGGCCCGGAUCUUACUGCGAUUUGCAAAAAGCCUGCUGCUACCCGCUAACUGGCAAGCCUGCAGCAAAUUUCUCUAUCCACGGGCUAUGGCCGGAAUUUUUAGAUGGUACUUGGCCGCAGGACUGCGAUACAAGCCAGACUUUCGAUCUUGAGCAGGUUCGCGAUUUGGUCCCUGAGUUGAAUAAGUACUGGGGAACACUGACGUGUCCCAGCAGCGACAGUACAAAAUUCUGGAAGCACGAGUGGGAGAAGCACGGCACCUGUACGGGACUGACCCAGCACGAGUUCUUCUCGAAGACUCUGGCUCUCAUGAAAUCGAUUAACCUCGGAGCAGCGCUGGAGAAAGCGAAUAUCGUGCCGAGUGACACGGCCACUUACAACGUUACGCAAGUCCAAAGCGCUUUGGCCUGCGCCAUAGAGGAGCACACUCCUGGGGUCGAGUGCAACAUAGCCAAAAGCGGAAACAACCAACUCUAUCAAGUCUACGUCUGUGUCGAUAAAGAUGGAACAACUCUCAUUCCUUGCCCCGCUUAUCCGAACGGGAGAUGCAAUGCCACCGUGUACUGGCCCACGUUUUAGACAUCUGUUCAAGUCUUCGACUGCUUCUUCCUCAUAAGCCGAAGAACAAUAAAAUUCAAUAAAAUGCAAGACAAA